AUGGUCGCCAUCACAGAUGAUAUUUUUGCCCCUCGCUUUGCCAUCUUGCAAGAUCUGUUCAAUGACGGGAUCUCUGCACAAAAAGCCGCUGAAUAUUUAGCUUCAAUCUCAUUGGCAAACGACUCUGGGCCUGAAGAGGGAAUCACUAGCUUAUGGACCUUGGUAUUCAAGUGUGCCUACAAAUUUCCGGAACAUCAUGAUCGACUCGUCAAUAUGCUAGUUCAACUUUCGAAACUCCCGGAUGCGAAAACAUCGAACGGAGAUUCCAUUGUGCUCCACGAUAUGCAAGUCUGGAAAGACCUACCAAUGCUUGGCUGGCAAGUCCGCGACGAAUGGAAUGCAAGCGUACCUGCUGGACCUCCCGAGUCUCGUCAAAACGCAAUCGCGCAAAUCAUCAACAGAGACAAAUUCACCGCACGUUUGAUGGCGACGCAAGAAUCUGUUUUUGCAUAUUCCUGGUUUGCAUUGAUCACUCUGCGCGAAGCACUGGAGACACCAGCAGAUCAAUCUUCCGAGAGAAAUCUAGAAGCACUGAUUCCUGCCGCUGCUGCGUGGAUCAGUAUCCUCGGGGCCGACAUCUAUAAAUGGGAUGAACGAUUUGACGGCGCUCUUGGAAAAGGAGGCCCGCUCUGGAAAGGUCAACAUGGGUUUUGUAAGGAGAGGUGGCAGCUUUGGAAGCAAAGAUUUGGGGAGUUGGUCACAAUAGAAGCUGGAAUUCGAGAUGAAGUGAGAACAGCAGCAAAGGACGCGAAGCGGAGAAUGGAGGAGAUUGAGAAGUGA